AUGCAACAAAUUCGUGAGCAAGAACAAGCAGAAGCAAACACUAGAUCAUCGUCAUCGGUUCUACCUUCUACAACACUACACAAUACCGCUACAUCGACUGCUUCAAAUGUUGAAAGGAUACAUUCAUCGAACACGCCCAAUAGUGAAUUGAAUGCGAAGAUACCGGCAAAGCCAACUGUUGAGAAAACAAAAGCAGCAAAGUUAGCCCCUAUAAUUCCAUCUCCAGAGCCGAUGCAAACCAGUGCUACAACUUUGACAAAUCCUUGUGCUUUGUGCAUGAGUGAAGAAAAACUUGAUUCGAAAAGUUCAUCUAGAAAGUUUUAUACUCAUCUUGAAGAUCUAUCAAAUGAAGUCAUUUAUGAAAUAUUUGACUAUCUUGAUAUUUAUCAUAUAUACGAAGCUUUUUCAAAUCCUAACAAACGAUUUGAUAAUUUUCUUGCUUCAUCAACAUUUCCUAUUAAAAUUAAUAUUUCAUUAAUGUCUAAAUCUAAUUUUCAACGUUAUUAUACAAAUAUUCUUAUGCCUAAUAAACAUCGAAUUACUUCAAUUUAUUUAUCAAAUCUAUUUAUUGUUGAUCGUGUUUGUUCACCACCUCGUAUUAUUUUAACAUUUGUUCAACUUGAAAGACUUAUUCUUGAUAAUAUUCAAUUAAAAUAUCUUCAAAAUAUUCUCAAUCAUUUAAUUUCUUUAUUUAAUCUUCAUUCAUUAACUAUAAGUCUUAUUGAUAAAAUUCAAAAUAAAAAUAAUUUUUAUCGUUCAAUAUUUCGUUUACCUACAUUAAAAUAUUGUAAACUAUCAUUUGAAUCAUAUGUAAGAGCAAAACCAUUAUUGAUAUCAUCAAAUGGAUGCAGUUCUAUUGAACAUCUUAUUAUUCAUAAUGAAUCAACACUUGAUGAAUUUCGUAUUGUAUUAUCAUAUCUACCACAACUUCGUCGUCUUUAUUGGAAUAAACUAUGCAGAUUCAAUAAUAAACAAGAUGAAUUACGAGAAAUUACAUUAAAAUAUUUGAAACAUGUUUCUCUUCAAUUUAAAUAUAUAUAUUUUGAUCAGUUCGAACCAUUGAUAAUAGAUCUUUUUCAUCAAGUUGAAGUUUUACGAAUUUCUACAAGUUUCGAUAGAUCUUAUUUCGAUGCCAAUCGAUGGGAACGAUUAAUUUCAUCAUAUAUGCCACAUUUACGUAUAUUUGAUAUUCAACAUAAUGAUAAUUCACACGAUCAAAUGACAUGUAAUAAUCUAAAUAAUUUAUUCAUUUCUUCUUUUUGGUUACAACAUCAAUGGUUUUUUACACAUCAAUGUUAUUCAAGAGGAAAUUGGAAACAAAUAAAUUUCUAUUCAACAAAUCCAUAUAGGAGAAAACAUUAUACAAUAUAUGACGAAAUAGAAAAAGAAAAUUGUUUACAUAAUCAAGAAGCUAAUUUAGAUUUAGUUGAUCAUGUUCAUAUUCAAGGUGAAAAAACAAUGUUAUCUUGUUUAAAUUAUUUUCCAAAUGCCACUAAUCUUACUCUUUCACAUAGCUUUAAUAAAAGUAUUGAUGAAACUAUAAUUAAUCUUAAUCGAAUUCUUCCUUUAAUACAACUUACUAAAUUAUCUAUCGAUUGUGAUGGAUUUUCUUUUGAUAAAGUUAUUGAAUUAAUACAUUUUACACCAAAUAUUCAUACAUUAAAAGUUUAUUCAAUGAAUUUAUAUAAAAUAGAUUCGAUAUUAUCAAUACAAAAAAGUAAAAUAUUUCUAUUAGUAUCCAAUAGAAAUCUAAUUAAAAAUUUUACUAUUGAUAAUCGAUGUACAUUUGAACAAGCAAAAUUAUUAAUUAAUCUUUGUCAUCGAUUGGAACAUAUUAAUAUCGAUAUUUUAUGGCAAGAUUUUGAAUCAAUUUUGCAAUUAUUAUUAACAAAAAAUAAUAAUAAUACUUGUCAUUUAUGUUCAUUACGUUUAAAAUACGGAUCUAAAAGAAUGCGUAAAAAAUUGGAAAAAUUGAUUAAAUCAAAGAAUUUACUUGAUAAUUAUUCAAUAAAGUUAAUUCGUUCAAAAUUAUAUUUAUGGUGGUAA